AUGGAUUCCGGCGAAAAGAUAGAAGAAACAACAAUGGUAGACCGAUCAGUUAGUUUCCUGAAGCUCUUUUUCUUCACAGUCUCUUUCUUAUGCCAACGGGAUCAGAUAUCCGUAACAAGUGCUCUCUCAAACAGGCCUGAGUAUGAAACCCUAAUCAGUCGUUGUUUUAGUUUUGCUGUUGAAAGACAAGUUGAAAAUGUUGUAUUGUCGUUUCUGUUUGGUUUUGGUUAUGGUUAUAAGUGCACAUUGCUUGAAUCUCUCUGCACAUGUUCAUCGUUGAUAACUUUAGAUGUUCAAAAUUGUGGCUUUAAUAAUGUGGUCAUAUCGUGGAACUCUCUAAAGAGUAUAAAGUUGGGGUAUUUGAGGCUAACCGAUGAUGAUAUGGUGAAAUUAUUGUCAGGCUGUCCUGCAUUGGAAACAAUGGAAUUAUAUAGCUUUAUUGGUUUCCAUCGCUUGGAAAUUAAUUCCCUAAAAUUAAAGACACUAAAGUUGAAAGAUUAUGUUCGGGUUGGUGGAAAUGGAGAUGACUUAGAAAUUCUUUCCCCGUAUAUUCAGAAUUUGGAAAUAUCAGGAGAAGAUCUGGAGUGUAGGCUUGUUGAUGUGUCUUCUGUAGUUAAUGCUAAGCUCAUUUACAGCUUUCUCUGUAUCAAAGGCAUCCCAAGUAUUUAUGUGAAAGACUGCUGCCAUGAAUAUCGUCAAGUAGUAUAUACCCUCGUCCAAGAUAAUCUUCAAAAGUUAUGUUAUGCAACUGAUCUAACAAUUGGAACUUGGUUCACAAAGUUUCGUUGGGAUUACUGCACCAGCUGGUCUUUUGAGAGUCUCGCCACACGGGAAACAAUCAGCAUAGAAUUGGAAUAUACGCUGAUAGAUGAUUUUCUGGUCAACGACAAUUCCUGCUGCAACCUUGAGUUACUUGAUUUAGCCAAAGAAGAUAAUAUGGAUUUGCUGAGUUGGGUUUCAAGCGUUGAGUUUCACAACCUCAAGAAAGUUAAGAUUGUCAUCUCCUCAGAUGCGUGCUGGAAAGAUCAUGUCAAAACGUGCUUUGAAAAGGUUUCCAAACUUGCAGAAUUUCUGUUAUUGAAUGCACCGAUUUUUGAGAAUUUCGUUAUCAUAUCAAAGAGAAGAAGGUGCGAGACAUGUUCAAUGAACUGUCUAUCCCAACAUUUAUCUCUUUUGGCCGAUAAAUUGUUAGGUUGUCCAAGAUUGUCCACCAAUGCUGCGAUUAACUUCCAGGAGUGA